UAUCGCUCUAAGUAUAUGUGUAUAUAUGUCACUUGUGACACAUAUGUUUACAACACGACUUCGCUUCAAUUACUCCUCUCCAAAACCACCGGAUGUAAAGUUCAUCGUAGUUUGUCUGUGUGUAGGCGUUUUAGGAAGAACAACCCGGUGAAACAAAACCUUGUUGAGCGAGACAUCAUGGUUGACAGGCUUUCAGAGGAACAGAUAUCAGAAUAUAGGGAGGCGUUUGGCCUGAUAGACAAAGACGGGGAUGGAACGAUUUCCUCUAAAGAACUAGGGACGGUGGUGAGAGCCCUGGGACAGACCCCAACUGAAAAAGAACUGACUGAUAUGAUCAAACUCAUCGACGCCGAUGGUAACGGAAAAAUAGAUUUCCCAGAAUUCCUCACUAUGAUGAUAAACAGGAACCAGAACUCUUCAACGUAUGAAGACGAAAUGCGCCAGGCCUUCGCCGUGUUCGACAAAGAUGGUAACGGUUUUAUCACCGGAGACGAACUUUGUCAAGUGAUGACAAGUCUUGGUGAAACUCUGAGUGAUGACGAAGUUAAUGAAAUGAUUGGUGAGGCGGACAGAAAUGGGGACGGAAAGAUAGACUACAAAGAAUUUGUAAAGAUGAUUCUGCGGUCCCAUUAGUGAGAGGAGCAGCUCCAUAUCAUAUUCAUAUCAUCGUAUUAAUACAACUUUAUCAAAUUAUUAGGUGAAUUAUCCCCGCCAUUUACAAAACCUAACAAGAUACCUCAAAUACACACUUUCGCCUGUUGGAAAUAAGUGUAUAACAUGUGGCUAAUUUAGGUCAAGUCAUCCCUUGUUUAAUUGAUUCACGUCUCGUUCUGCCAGGUGACACAAUUUUUUAUUGAUAGGUGUACUCAGGCAAAACUCGUUCACAUUAAAUUCACAUGAAAAACAAAAUCAUGUGAAUUUCACUUGAAUGGGGCAAAAAAGUGAUAUUCACAUGAAAUUCACAUGAAAAACAAAAUCAUGUGAAUUUCACUUGAAUGGGGCAAAAAAGUGAUAUUCACAUGAAAUUCACAUGAAAUUCACAUGAAAAACAAAAUCAUGUGAAUUUCACUUGAAAAGUCCAAAAAAUUGAAUUGCAUAUGAAACUCAAAUGAAAUUCACAUAAAAAAGUCAUGUGAAUUUCACUUCAAAGGGGCAAAAAAGGUGAAAUUCACAUGAAAGUCACGUGAAAAAAAUAUAAUUAUUGUGUAGUGGUAUCCAAGCUUGAUAUGGAUAGUUAUUUCUCACCUUUUAUCCCUAGGUGUCGUCAGUAGGAAUCAAACCCGUCUUAUUUUGGUCGAAAAUCCGGUACAUUGUACAUCAAUUACCGUUUAUAAUUUUAAAUCGGUGCAUGUUGCACCGGUCCUUAUUUUAAAUCCACUUUUUGCGAGGGGGUGUCCUCGAAUCAACGAAUCUUGACAAUAUAAUAUCAGUUAGUGUGGUAACUCUGCACUAAGCCAAGUUAAAACAACAGUGAUAAUAGUUUUAAGCAUGAUGUCACAAUCAUGUGACAAAAAUAUUAUGUUGGACCGAUUCACAUCUUUGUAGAACUAGCCGGAUUUAAUUCAGAUCAAAUUCGGUGUGUUUGAUUUUGGAUUUCAUUAAUUUACAUUAAGUAGACUGACUUGCAUCGGUCCUUUCAUAUCUCAUGUGUUGUAAAGUUGGCUUUAACAGCUCAAUUUUUCAUGUUUUUACAAAAAAAAAAAAAAAAAAAGGAAGCAAAAAGCAAAACACCAUUUUGGAGCAUUUUAAAUGGACAAUCAUUUUCUCUUUUCAAAAUUUUUCAUAAGUCUAACUCUCGCGAAUUUAUUUUAUCAUCAAUAUUAGCGAAGACGGGAAUAUUUGAUAUAAUAUCUAAUACAACUACAUACAUGUACGUUAGAAUAACGUAGGUACUAGUUAUCAAUCAAACAUCAAAUCAAUUUGUAAAUAAGCAUUAUCUUCCAAUAUACAAUAUCAAUGUAAGUGUGAUUGAAUGUCAACUGUGAUUUGUGUUGAAAUUAAAAAUAAUUCUGCAUUCCAUUCCAUGGUGGUACAGUGUAUAUAGCAAUCGCAAUAUGUCUUAAUCAAAGAGAGCAUGAACAGAAUUGUACGAGAUAUGGCGGAAAUAAAUCUGAACCUUAGUUUGGGAAUUUAUGGAAAAUCAUAUGCAUUCUUGUACAAGUACAUGUUUUCAUGAAAUUGUAACCUAAAACAUUUUUUUUUUUUUUUUUUAUUUCAAAAUUUUUAAUUAGUAAUUUAGUAAUUAGUGAACAUUGUAAAGAUUAAUUAUGUUGGUGUAUAAUGAUUUGUUACCACGGGGCUUUGCACUAUUUCCUAACGCCAGAAUCCGUUCAUAAUGUCGAACCAUAGGGUUGAGAAGUGGGUCCACGUCCCUAUGACCAUACACCAUAUCCGUGGAACCCAGUAGUUUGCAUAAUCCUUGAUCUGUGCCAUUCUAGAGACCUUAUAAGAUGACAAUUGGAUUGUGAAAUGUACAAUAUUUAGGUAUCAACGGCACACGACGCUAUUUCUAUUUUGAUAAUUGUAUUUUUGUUCCUUAUUAAAGACUUCAUUACAAAAGACUUUACUACUA